UUCCGGUUAUUUCAGCAUACCCGCAGCACUAUGGCUCCGUCCGCUGCAGAUAUGGUUUUGGGUUUAAAAAGCAUUUUAAUUCCACAUUACAUUGGAAAUAUCAUACUGGGUUUGUCAUACUUCGUGAUGAAAACUUUUCCUCCUAUCUGUACCCGUAUAUUUGAAGACUGCAGCCUAGAAAUGAAAGAAUGGGAAUGGAUAACUUUUCUUGGCUGUGUAAUUGUGCUGAAGAACAGAAAACAAGCAACUUUUGGAGCUUAUGUCAAUACAGCAUGCCUAUUUGCAAAAGUGUUGUGUGGCUUCCUGUUCUUCAAGACUAAUGCAAUGUAUGGAAUUUUGUAUGGGGUAGCCUGUUUAUUACACUUUGUGUUCCUGCCAGAGCCGAUGUACACUGGACCAGAGAUGGUAACCUACUUUAGAGGACCAAACCUGGAUGAGGAAAUCAAGCGUGACAAAAGAGUGAUAUGGCUGAUUACAUUUUAUGUGGCCUGGUCACCACCCUGUGUAUCAUUUGCCAAUCUUUUCUCGGAACUCUCAGCUGAGUACAGCUUGGAUAAUUUAAAAUUUGGAAAAAUAGAUAUUUCAAAAUACCCAGAAGUAGCAGAAAAAUACAGAAUUAAUGCUAGUGCCAUGUCAAGACAGUUACCUACGAUUAUAAUGAUAGAAGGUGGUGAAGAGACCAUGAGGAAACCCUAUAUAUCACCAAAAGGCACAGUGGUCCGAUACGUUUUUAAUAAGGAAAACAUCAUUAAAGACUUUGAGUUGAACAUUGCAUAUGAUAAGUGUAAAAAGAAUCCCCUAAAACCUAGAAAGUCCGACAAGGAGAAGGCGGAAUAAACUACAUUGAAAAUAUGUGACGUUCAGGAUUUGGUGUGAAGAUGAUCAGCGUGGAUGUUAAUUAGACACAUAUGUAAGACUGAUACCAAAGAUGGCUGUAUUAAAACCAACGGAUAUUAAUUUGAACCUACUGUCUUUAGAGUAAUCUAUAAGUAUUAUUCUCUAGCAUUGUAAACGUAUCUUUAGUUAGCCAAUUCCGGAAUAGGAGAUAGGUAAAUUACAUUUUUCUUGGUUGUUGUUUUGUUUAAAAUAAUAUUCUUAUAUCAUAAGUUAUAAACUGUUCAGGAAAUGGCAAUGCCCUGAUGAGGAUUGUUCACCUUUCUGUUAUAACGUCUUACAUUACUCUAGAAUAUCUUCAUGUGGAUAUGCGUUCUUGUAAAUAUUUCAAUGUGUAUAUACGUUUGCGGAUUUCGUUUUGAAAAAAAAGAAGCAGAUUUGGAGGAAAAGAAAACAAAAGAAACCAAGUGCAGUAUUUUGGUAUUCGUUUUGAUAUGUAUUAAAUUGAUGUAUAUUUCUGCUCUGUUAUUUUCCCGUAGUCUCACUAUGUUUGACGCAACUUUCCAAUUGUAUAUAAAAAAAAAUGCGAGUUAAAUCUUGCUGAAUAAUGUUUACGGAGAACGCAGGCAGUGCGCUGUUCAUUAGUGUCCCCUGUGUUGGAUUAAUCAUCUGUUUGGAUGUCUGUUACCUUUUUGUUUUCUUCCGUUUGUUUGGUCACCCAUUCCAUCAUCUUGUUUUUUGUAUUUUUAUAAAAAGAUAAUUGUGGCACGUAAGGAUUUAUUGAGGAUUGGUGUAUGAUUCAUAUCGUAAAUUUUGCAAGUGAAGAAAUGUAUGAUGUAAGAAGAGUUUGUUUGAUGUGUGUUUUUACAUUGUAUAUGCCAUUUUCACCGCAGUUUAAGUACAUCUCUUAUUGGGAAUGUGCAAUUUUAAAUACCUAUACAUGUGUUGGACAAUACUGGUGCCUACUUUUCCUUAUUGAUUGUUGCGACUUUUGUAUGUUACAGAAAUUUCGUGUAUUCAUCUUCAUUUGUUGAAUUGUUUCCAUGCCUUUUUUUCCCUACGCGAGAAGUACGUAAAAUAUUGUGUUAGUUAGAAUCAGCAACACAUGUUAGAAUAGAAGACACUCUCAAUUUUACUGUUACUAUAUCUAGCUAUACCUCACACGUAUAUCAACUUAAACUGAUAGAAUAUACAACUUAAAUGUACGUAUGAGAACAGCGUAAUUCACAGUGAUGGGUUAUUACCUAGUGAUCAAUAGUCUGAUGAUGGGCGAGAAACAAUUCUAGCUACAUUCGCAUCUGAAAUAUUAGUGUAGAGACACAUAGGUGAUCAAAACUAUUAACUAUUAAACAUUAACUAUUUUAGUGACCGAGUAAGUAUUUCGAUAUGCCAAGUAAAUACUUACGAAACUGCACCAAAUGGUGUUUCAUUUUACCGGGACUUCUCAGUGACGCUGCCGUGUAGAAACCGAUGAUAAUGGGAUGAAACAGUGUACCUACGCUCAAAAUAAGUCUUUGUGUCCAUUCUCUUUUACCUAACGAACGAUGAUUGGAUUUCCAGUUUUGCACUAUCUGAAAGAAUGAGAAAACAUAUGGAAAAGGGUAGAAUCUAUACAUAUAAAUAUUAAAACCUAACACCUUGUGAAGGGAUUACACUGAGUUUUCACUGUUGAUAGUCCAUGGGAAUAGCGACCCCAUGAAAACAUCAUCGUGCUAUUAUUAUAUUAUGUAAAACUAUUACAACAUGUGUCCAUGUUACAACCAAUGUUCAAUAUAAUGUCGGAGCUAAUGCAUUUAACAUUAUAAUAGUAACACUGUUGUUAGUUGGUUUCUGUUCAUGCCUCUUAAACCUCUUUAUUCCCAAAAACCAGAGAUCGCUUUGAAGAUGUUAUCGUACUAAAACGUCACACGGGGAAAUUUUCGUUACCAAGAGAAAGUUGUAACUAGAAAGAGAUCUGAAUUGUGUGUUUGACAUGAAAGUGUUCAUUGUUGUAAAUGAUGAACCAGAAAAUAAGUGGUGGGUACAUGUAUUGCAUGGUGAAUGGAAAUAAAUGAUUGAAAUCUUUUA